GACCCUUUAAAAGAGGAGCUUCGGUAGUAGCCUUCGCUCUCUACAGUUAAAGAGAUGUCUGGAUUUUCAACAGAUCAGGUGUUCAAGUCUCGUGAAGAGUUGAUGGAAUGGGUUAGAAACACCGGACGUAGUCUUGGUUACGCUAUUGUGACUAAAAGAUCGAAAGCUAAAAAUGGCUACGUGUCUAAAGUUGUACUUAUGUGUGAUCGUGGUGGUGUGUAUAAAUCAGAUAAAGAUUCAAGUAGAGAGACCGGCACUAGAAAGAUAAAUUGCCCGUUUGAAAUGGUAGGGAAAUUUUCAAAAAAGAAUGGUUCUUGGACGUUAAAAGUAAAACCUGGUGAGCAUAAUCAUCCACCCGGAGAAUAUAUGGAGGGACACCCAAUCCUCAAACGAUUGACACCUAAUGAACACCAAUUGGUGGCAGAGUUGACGGGGAAGUGUGUGUUCCCAAAAGAUAUUUUAGGUGUUAUGAAGGAGCGUGAUGAACUGUCAAGUGCCUGGUGA